CGGUGCCGGCCGCGCAUGCGCAGAGCGGCGGCGGCAGCGGGUGGCGAGCGGGGAGCGGAGUGUGGCGAGCAGCGGGGCACGGAGGCACCGCCAUGCCGGGACUGCUGCUGGGGGACGAGGCGCCCAACUUCGAGGCGGAGACCACGCAGGGCCGCAUCCGCUUCCACGACUUCCUGGGAGACUCAUGGGGCAUCCUCUUCUCCCACCCUCGGGAUUUCACCCCUGUCUGCACCACCGAGCUGGGCCGGGCGGCAAAGCUGGCACCUGAGUUCAGCAAACGCAACGUGAAGCUGAUUGCCCUCUCCAUUGACAACGUCCAGGAUCACCUCUCCUGGAGCAAGGACAUCAAUGCAUACAAUGGGGAACAGCCCACAGAGAAACUCCCCUUCCCCAUCAUUGCUGAUGCAAACCGGGAGCUGGCUGUCAAGCUGGGAAUGCUGGACCCAGAUGAGCAGGACAAGCAGGGCAUGCCCCUGACAGCUCGGGUGGUGUUCAUUUUUGGCCCAGACAAGAAGUUGAAGCUCUCCAUCCUCUACCCAGCCACCACUGGGAGAAACUUUGAUGAGAUCCUGAGAGUGGUGGACUCCCUGCAGCUAACAGCAUACAAGAAGGUGGCUACUCCUGUGGACUGGAAGGCUGGUGACAGCGUCAUGGUCGUGCCCACCUUACCUGAUGAGGAAGCCAAGAAGCUCUUUCCCAAAGGAGUCUUCACAAAGGACCUCCCCUCAGGGAAGAAAUACCUACGUUACACCCCACAGCCAGAGUGAGCAGCUCUGCCUGCCCCCCCUGCCUGGCUGCACGCCCUGGGGUGUGGGGAGCAGCAGUCCCUCUGCCCACCUCCUGCCUCCUCCACCCCUCAGCACCAGCAGCAGCCUCAUCCCAGCACACUUGAUGGAGCAUCACCCUACUAAACCAAUCCUCCCCUUGCCUUUCAUCCCUCACACCCCCUCAAAACUAAAACCUUGGGAGUUUUCUUGCCUUGAAUCAGCCCCGCAAGGAAGAGGUGAGCAGAGCAGAGGGGGCUCCUGGGCUGGCACUGUGGGAUUUCUCCUGGUUGCCUUCCUGGAGACUUGGUGAGAAGCAUGGUGGCAGCAGCCAGGUCCUGAAGGGGUGUCCUGGCUUCACACACCUCCCGUGGGGCAGCCUGGGGGGCUCCAAGCUGCUGUGUGCCUUGGGGAGCAGUCGUCACUAAUGCAUUAACACCUUGGUCUGGUCCCCUGCAUAGGGGAGGAGCUGCAAGAGCCAAAUCUCUCCCUUCUCACUGCUUUCUCAUCUCUUGCUGGAAGCUGAUUGAUUGUUUUCAGGUUUUUUUGGAAGAGGGAAUAGAACAAAUAAACUGAUCUUCAGUUCUACCUGCA